GAAAACACUAAAACAUAUAGCCUAUUGGAUACACCAAAUCACCGUGGUUUACUCGUAGAAGGCGUAUCCAACGUCAGCUUACAAUACGUGUGUGAUACAUUGUAAACAAAGGAUAUGGGCAAAUGCUGCAAAUGCAACAGCCGACUGCUGUGCAUGUGUCUACUACCUUGCAUGAUGACUGGCCACCUUCUGGUUUACAUUAUGGUGUCUAUAUUUGUCACCAUCUCCUACAGUCCUCCAAAAAUAAUCAUUCACUAUAUUGCCCCUGGAAUUUCUGCAAACUCCUCUGCAAUAGCCCGUCACCCACUUGGCCCUUUCUGGAACCUUCGAUUGGAGGACAGUGCCCUGUGGAACCAGUUGCAGCAUGCUUGGGACCGUCAGCAUAAUCCAAUAUUGCGAGGAAACACAACUGGGGUAGUGAGAAAACCAAAUGCAAAAAUCCUAUCAGAAAUCGAAGAUGAAUGUCUUUCUGACUGUAUAUCACAUUGUUCAGUCCCUCGUAUGCUUGGUAUAGACAGCUUUCCAGAACAAUUGAGGGCAUUUAUCAGGUCAAUGCAUUGCAGGGAGUAUCCCCUCCUUAUUAAUCAGCCUGGUGUGUGUAGGAGGAACAGUAGUAGCUUUAAUCUGGAUUCUCCCAUGCUCAUAAUGGCCAUCAAAUCCCAAGUUGGAAACUUUGAAAACAGGCAGGCCAUCCGUGAAACGUGGGGGCACAGUGGUCUAGUGAAGGGGGAAUCUAAUAAAAAAAGGGGAUUAGUGCGCACCGUGUUUCUGCUUGGAAGGCAGGAUUCUAGUACAGGUCCUCACCCAGAUCUCAAAAACCUCCUGGAGCUUGAGAACCAAAAGUAUGGGGAUAUCCUACAGUGGGACUUCAGAGACACUUUCUUCAACUUGACCCUAAAGGACCUCUUGUUCUGGCACUGGUUCCAGCAAUACUGCCCUACAGCUAUCUUUGUGUUUAAAGGGGAUGAUGAUGUCUUUGUUCGAACAGGUGCCCUCCUGGAUUACCUGCACAAGCAGUGGGAGGAGCAUAUCCUGUGGAGAGCCUAUACAAAUGAAACCGACAUGAAUUUGUUUGUGGGUGAUGUUAUAAAUAAUGCAAUGCCAAAUCGCGAGCCAUCCACUAAAUACUUUAUACCAGGAAAUUUCUUCAAAGGAGUUUACCCACCCUAUGCUGGUGGAGGAGGGGUGGUGUAUUCUGGCUCCCUUGCAUUACGAUUGAAGAAAGUAUCUGAAAGGGUGCGUCUCUUUCCGAUAGAUGAUGUUUAUCUGGGCAUGUGCCUGCACAGGAUGGGGCUCUCCCCAAGCCAUCACCCUGGUUUUUUAACAUUUGAUCUCCCAAAGACAGAGAAGAGCAAUCCCUGUGCUUACAAAUCUGUGCUGCUUGUUCACAGACGAAGUCCUAAUGAGAUGCUGACACUAUGGAAGCGGCUUCAGGAUCUGUCCGGUCAUUGUUAGGGCUCAUUUGCCUGCCAAAUAGAAUCUACUGAGUACAGGAUGUAGUACCCAACACACUUAUGGGGAAAGUGUGCAAAUGUGACUACAUGUUCAUAUCAGGCAGCCAGCACACAGUGUAAGCUACAUGCAAUUAAACUUGUAACCUAGAGUUUUGCAACAGUGAGAGAAAGACAGAUCGACCCUUGAAGGGCAUUUUGCAGGCAUUACACCUCAAAGGUUCUUUUUCUUAGUAUCAAUACAGGUAUGUUUUUGUACCCUUUUACGUCAAGUUUACUACACUUAAAAAAUGCAGUGUGUUGGAAAACCUUUAAAGAGAAUGAUUUUGAUAUAUUUGGAAUAUGUACACUGGUGGACAAGUGUGUUUGUUUUAUUCAUGACUUAAA